AUGAAAUCCCGAGGGCGCAGUGGCAGUUUACUCAAAGUCGAGCAUGUUGGUCGCAGUAAUGUGGAAGACUUGGACCAGAACACGUAUGUGAAUAACAAUGCUAACUGGGUGAAUGCAAAGGGCGCUUGGUUAAUUCACGUCGUUCUCAUUUGCAUUGGAAAGAUCAUUAUAGACACAAUACCAGGAAUGCAACCUCAAAUCAGCUGGACGCUUCUUUCGUAUCUCAUGUUCCACUGGGUGACUGGUAUUCCAUUCCAAAGCGAUAUGCAUGCCGGCGCGUACGAUGACUUGACAAUGUGGGAGCAGAUUGACGAUGGAGCACAGUAUACUCCAGCAAAGAAGUGGCUGUUUUCAGUUCCAUGUGUACUCUUCUUGGCGUCCACACAUUACACCAAUUACAAUCCAUGGCUAUUCGCUGUGAACCUCUGCGCGCUGGUGCUUACACUGUUGCCGAAACUACCGCAACUUCAUCGACAACGAGUCCGCUUCUUAGCUGACGAUAGAUCCGGCGCUUCUACCCCCGUCACUCUCAGCUUUCCUCCCUCUGGUGCAUCAACACCAGUAAAUGGCGGUACUCCACCUGUGAUCAUAACCGAGUCGCAUUUUCGGUGA